CCGUGUACCACCUCCUGCUGGCGGAAGCGGAAGUGACGUGCCCCUGGCGCUUGCGUCCUGCCCUGUUUACUGGCCGAGAAGGUCACCCACGUGGGGGUGCGGCUCAGACUCGGUGCGCGGAGAUGCUGGGCGCGUUGCUGUCUCCGGGGCUCACCGGGCGGCGCUCGGUGCUGGCGGCUCUGGGGGUCGCGGCCGCCGCGCUCCGGCCCUUGCUGUGUGGCCUCCCCGGCUGCCGAGCUCCCCGGCGCGGCCUGGGCCAGGAGCCGCGGCAGCACCCGGACUCCCGGCUCCAGCUGCGGCUCCCGGAGGCGGCCGAGGCGGCGCGGCUGGUCCUGGAGAGGGCCCGGUCCUCCCCGCCGCUGCGCAGGUUCAUCGCCUGCCCCGACCUGGCCCGCGCCGUGCACGCGAGCCUGGAGUGUGGCCCGGCCCGUGGCCCCGAGCCCGUCGUCCUGGAGUGCGAGCCGGGUCCUGGAGUCUUGACCCGGACACUACUCAAUGCAGGUGCCCGAGUGGUAGCUCUGGAGAGUGACAGAGCUUUCCUUCCAGAUUUACAGUCUCUGGAGAACAGCCUACAUGGACAAUUAGAAGUUGUUUAUUGUGACUUCUUCAGAUUGGACCCUUUGGGCUGUGGAUCUAUGAAACCACCUGCUAUGUACUCUGAGAAACUUUUUGAAAAUUUGGGCAUCUUGACAGUUCCUUGGACAGCAGAUGUUCCUGUAAAAAUUAUUGGAUUCCUUCCCCAAAAAAAGGAAAGAAACACUCUUUGGAAGCUUAUCUUUGUCAUGUAUGAACGCAGUUCCAUAUACAGAUAUGGAAGAAUAGAACUGAACAUGUUUGUUAGUGAAAAAGAGUACAAGGUAUUGACUGCAAAACCAGGUGAACUAAGGAGUUAUCAAGCAUUAAGUGUGCUAUGGCAAACUGCCUGUGAAAUUCAGCUUCUCCACAUGGAACCUUGGUCUUCAUUUUUGACUAAUUCAAAAACCAGGGGACUUGCAAUACCGAAGAGCACGCUGCUGCCAAACGACCACUUAUGUUUAGUACGAAUGACCCCACGGAGGAAUUUAUUUACAGGUGGCAUGACAACCACAAAUUCGUCUACCUUUAUUCUUAUGGUAAAACAGUGUCUUGCUAAACGCAAGUCUAAACUAAUUGAUAGACUUAACUCAUGGAGUCCAGGCAGUGGGAGUAAACUGUUAAGAGAGCUAGAAAUACCGGAAAACAUUAUAACAGGCAAUUUGUACCCAGAAGAAUACAGACGCCUUUUUGAAGCUAUGGAACACUCUAAAGAAUUUAGUCAAAGCUGGCUCUAUGAUGAAGUCUUGGAAAAUAACAGGAACAUAAAUUUCUAAAUCUAAACCUGCUGGUUUUGAAACAAAUUAUUUGUUUCAGUGACUAUAUUGUGAUGCAAAUAAUAAGAAAUGGGCUCAAAAUCUUAGAAGUCCAUCAGUAAAGAUUAUGUUGUCCCCUGCACAAAUCAGAAGAUAAAAGUCGCAUGAGAUGCAACAGCCUGUCUACACAGGGGAAAAAAACUGUUUAAACCAUGUGUAGGCAUGGCAGUUAACAGGUUGUUCUGUGUGCAUGGGAUUGAAGUCAAACGUUGCAUCUUCUCCAGCAGCAUAAUGGCAACUGUUGUUGCUCUUGGAAAUAUGGCAUAAAAUGUACUGCGGUUUUUGCUACUCUACUGUAUAUUUGUUAUAUUUUAAAUAGUAUGAGACCAAAUACUUGUGCAUUUUGGAUUUGGGUGUCAGAAUACUUAAUUAUUAUGAUUAACUCUUUCACAGUGCCCCAAAAUGUUUAUAUCCUUUACAAAUAUAAGACCUAUUUUCCUUCUCCCUGGCCUAAGGAAUAUAGUCUAAAAUUGACAUGAUACAAUAAUGGUUACGAACAAAGGGGUGAGGAAAAAUGGGAGAGUGGAAAACAACAGUAGAAUAAUAUGGGUACUCAGGUUAGUUAUAUGUAUUUCUUGUUUUAAUGUAUGCUCUGCAUUAUAUGUCUACUAGAGCUGGUGUGGUGGGGAGAGAGGAAUAUUCAUAGUAAUUUUUAAAAAUUGAAAUUUCAAAAUUCAGAAGACAUUGAUCACUCUUCUACAUACCCUGCCUUCCAUUCACAUGCAUAUAGUCUUUGCUAUCUUAUUUGCAUCUAAAAUUUUUCCACCAGACCUUUGAACAUUGUAUAAACUAUGAAAAUUCUCUUCCCCACAACCUAUGCCCUUUAUAUAAUAUGUAAAAUGUGUGUAAAUUAUAUGUAUAUAAGCACAACCCACUAAAAUUUUAUUCCUAGCCAGAGUACUUGUUUACACUCUCCUCAGCCAUUAUUCUCCCUCAUUAACUAACUCUUUCCUAUUUCCCCUGUACAUUUGAUGGUGGGGGGUGGGAGGUGUCAAGGAGUGUUCCUCUAAGUGUCCAGGUACAAGACAACAGCCUAUCUGUUAAGUAUAGGCUUGGGUAGCUCAGAUACUGGGAAGUUGUGCUGCUUCAGUCUCUGCUAAUGGAGAAGUGUGUCUUCAUUCUCCAGGAGGGAUGGUAGGAAGCACUGGCUGGGCCAUUAUCCCUGCCCUACUACUGCUGUCCCUGCUACCGGAGAUAAUCUGCGGACAAUCUUUUGCAAUACAAGACAGAAGGACUGUUUCAUGUAAUCUCCGUUCCCUCCUACAACAUUAGCUAUGUCCUGGAGUAAUUCUUGCAUAUUGGGAUUAUCUUCCCAUUCACCUUUCCUGACUGUUAGAUAUUAUACGAAUUUGUAUUUACAAGAUGAUCACCAUUGCUGAGUUAGCAUAUAACAGGAGCAAUUUAAUUUCUACUGUAUCAGUAACAGGUGAUAACUGAAUGUUCUUGCUGAUACAGCCAGCCAGCAAAAGAUAAUAUCGUAGCUCCUCCUGUGCAUUUUUUCUCGGGCAUCAAAUGCCUGGUUCUUGUUGCAGCAAGAUAUCUGCACUAAAUCAAGAUGCUAAAGAAUAAAGGGGAGACUGUCAUUAUAAA